AAUCUAGAUGGCCGAGGUGAAAUUUGUGAAUCAAAUGUCCCCAGGGACAUUAAAAUCUAGUGACUCGGCUCACUUUGUUGCCGGCCUGAAUGUUCUAGGGAGAAACAGGCGCGACCAAUGAACAGCCGGGUCUAGCGCACGCGGGAAAUCGUUCGAAAUAUGAAAUUCAUGAAUCAUAAUUUAUGCAUUCAACUUAAUUUCCUCUAAUGAAUCGUUCAGUGUUUGCUUUUAAUACUGACAAAUGAUCAAAAUCGGUAGAUUUUUGCAAAUAGUAAUAAUUAAUUUUAUUAUUAUCAAGUGAUUAUGAUUUUUCGGUACUUGACACCAACUGAUACCGCAACGAUAAGCUCAAAUUACAUUUGGGGGGCGUUUGAAAAAGCUGCGUCAAUGUUCUCCAUGACGAGAGUCAGUCGGCUAUUUGCCACGCGAAUUGAAUCAUGCACAAGACACUUGGUUUUAUCGUCACGGCAAUCAGCCUGUGGAGAUGCUCCUCCGCGUACCCCAAUUGCAAGGAGAUUGAGGCACAUUCACCUGCAUUAAGACUCAAGAGGCAUCUUUUUUGUGAUUAUGACGAGGAUAUUCUACCAACAACGGGAAAGGAUCACAUUGUUUUUAUUAAAGUAUCACUACUCCCUGUGUCUGUCGAAAUGAAUGAACAUUCAGGGACACUUGAUUUCCACACUUGGUUGAUUAUGAGCUGGCAGGAUAUUCAUCUCACGUGGAAUCCAUCGGAAUUCGAAGGUGUCAAUACAACAUACGUGAAGAGCGAUGACAUAUGGAUUCCAGACUUCACAGUCUUCAAUUCAGGAGAUUUCGCCAAAGAUCAGACAGGACUUCCGUCCACUGACUGUCACUUGCAGUCAGAUGGAAAGCUCCAGUGUGCAGCGGCAAGAGUUUUUACGACUCACUGUCCAACAGACUUUACAAAUUGGCCUUAUGACAAACACAACUGCACUCUGCACUUUGGCUCCUGGGUUCAUUACGGAGAAACCGUCAACUUGACAUUCGGAGAUAUUUACAUGGGCGAGUUCCGGGAAAAUCGUGUGUGGGAUGUGGAAAUGAGCAAUUUGACAAGCUUCUCAGAGACGUAUGAGAAAUCAUGGGACAAUAUGUUCUUUCUACAUGUAGGAUUGACCAGAAAUCCGAUGAGAGGGGGCAUGGCCUAUGUUGUCCCUGCCGUUGUCAUCAUGAUGAUAACUUUGACGAUCCUCUGGCUGGAUUCCCGAUCCCUAGAAAGGAUAGCUAUUUCCGGUGUGACCUUCAUCGCCCACAUCCUACUUGUGUUAGACCUCCAUUGGACAUUACCUGAAUCUGGUUCGCCAAAUAUUCCAAAGAUUUUGAUAUUCUUGGAAAUCUCCUUGAUACUCUCCACCUGCAUCUUAAUCUUGACGAGUUUUCUCCGGAAAAUUUACUCCUUGAGCUCGCCAGCACCAGCUGCAGUGAUAAUCAUGACUUCAACCGUUCUUAAUUCCCCGAUUGGUCGUCUCGUGAAUAGCGAAGGGACAUUGAAGAAUGAAGUGACCCUCGAGGACGGAGAGAAUGAUCGUUCUGCGACGAAACCUAAUAAAACAUGGCAGGAGUGUGCUAUCGUCUUCGAGUGGUUGGCUCUCAUUAUUUUCACCAUGACUUACUUUAUCCUACUCGUUGUAUUACUGCCCAUGGCUCCAGCACAUCCUGUGCGUCGUUACGUUGGACUCUCAAAUAAUAGAGUAGGUAGAAGGACAAACGGUCUUAAGAGGGGGCUAGUUAACAUCAUGAGUGCAUUGAGGCUGAUUGCCCUUACAGUCAUUUACGUCAGUGGAUUUGUAUCCACUGAUAAAGAUAUUUCUAAAUUUGACUGCAAAAAAAUUAAGGAUGGAACGCCACUUUACAAGCUCAAAAGACAUAUCUUCUGUGAUUACGAUCCGAAAAUCAGGCCUGGACAUGGUGAUACAAAUACAACUGUUCUCGAUGUUACAAUUUAUCCAAAAUUCGUGAAAUUCAUGAGGUGGUCUGGUAGUUUGCAAGUCAACAGCUGGCUUUUUAUCGAGUGGUAUGAUCCCUCCUUAACUUGGAGUCCAAAAGACCACGAUGACAUUGAUUAUUUGCCUAUCAGAAAGCGAGAAGUCUGGACACCAGAAUUAUACACCAUUUAUCCGAGUGAUGGAGAUAGAUCAAGCAUCCCCGAUGCAAAUUGUAAAUUAUCGCACAACGGUAAAGUUCAAUGUGCUCCAGCAGUGAAAUACCGCAUACCCUGUGUUUCUGAUUACACCCACUGGCCCUGGGACGUGCACAACUGCACUUUGCAACUUGGUGCAUGGGCCCAUACCGGUGGAGAGGUAACAUUCGGCAAUGAUAGUGGAGUUAUCAUAGAUUACUAUCGACGAACUGCAGAAUGGAAGAUAUCUCUUCCUAUGAUGGGGAUCAUAAGAGAAACAUCAAAGUUAUCUAAUAAUGUGACUUUUCCAACUUUUGCGGUAUCAGUUUUACUGACCAGGACGAAAACAGCUUUCGAGAGUAUUUAUAUCUCUCCGGUGAUAAUCCUGACUGUGGUGACUCUGACUAUCCUGUGGCUGAGACCAGGCUCCACUGAACGUCUGAUACUCUGCUGUUUUAAUCUCUUGGCCCAUAUGAUGAUCAUUCGACAUCUUCAUUAUAGGGUUCCUCAUUCGGGAUCCGAUGUCCCUAAUAUCCUGAUCUUCUACAACAAUUCCCUCAUCUUCUCGUCGGUGGUAAUGAUAUUAACCUGCUGGCUCCAGAAAAUUCUCGGCUGGAACCGAGAGGUGCCCGUGUGGUUGGCUUCACGUGUCUCGCUAGUCCUCACGAGUAAAGUUGGACAAGUACUGUCAAUCAACAUGAUGGAUCCCAAAGAAUCAGCAUUACUUCAAGAUGAUGCCGAUGACAACAGCGGUCUAGUGGAAUGUCGACCGGUAUUACCCAAAUGGGAGAAUGUUGUCACUAUCAUUGGGUGGCUCUCAAUCUUCAGUUUUGGCUUUAUUUAUUUAAUAAUGUGUCUUGUCCUACUUUUAAAUCACUGGAUCUACAAGCUCAAAUUGCAAAUGAGGGGCGUCUGUUACGGUCUCAGUCCACCUACGCUUCCAUCAUUGUAUAGGACUCCAGUGUGUAGUAUUUGCAAGGGAAAUGAAAUCUACCGGAUUUCGAUUGAAUUAUUCUUCUCGUUAUCAAAUGAUCAAGAUUAUUUACUGAAUUCGAUAGACUUCUCAAUUAGACACUUUUUUCGUCAGUCUAGUGCCAUCAGUGGACUUGUCAACAUGAUGGAACUGUUUAAAUUAAUCACAUUCAUAUUAAUCUACCGCUGUAGAUUAGCCUCUACAUACGAGACUGAUAGCGUUUGCAAAAUCAUUGAGGAUAAUUCCCCGGAGUAUCAGUUAAAGAGACAUUUGUUCUGUGAUUAUGACUCGAACAUCAGGCCCGCAUUCCAAGGAAAUAAAACUGAGCUCAAGAUGAUCUUGCGGUUGGUGUUUGCAGAUUAUGAUGCAGAGCACAAUGAAUUACAAUUGCAUACCCGGUUGCAUAUUAGCUGGAAUGACUCAUUCCUCACGUGGAAUCCCAGUGUUUUCAAUGGAAUAGAAUUGAUCAGAGUGAAGACAAGUGAAAUAUGGAAACCAGAGAUAUAUUCGCUGAGCCCAAAAGAUGCAGAAAUUUCGACAAUUCCAAAUUCAUUCUGCGUAUUGAACAAGGACGGCAAGGUCAUUUGCAGAAUGAUCAGGGUCUUCAUAGCCCCCUGUGAGUCUAAUUACACCCACUGGCCUUAUGAUACUCACAAGUGUACGAUAAAAAUUGGCACUCCAACGUACACCAGUAAUGAAGUGUCAGCGGGGAAGGGAAAGUCUGGGAUUUUCGUCAGGCACUAUGAUAGCCACCCACAGUGGAAAAUCUCCAUCGGAGAUGUUCGACAAAGCAACACUAGCUCUAAAAUAUCUAAGGGCAAUAAUUUCGAGAUUAUCGGAGUGUCGUUCUUGCUGAAUAGACCUUACACCUCACUCAAAGCUGUCAUGAUCUCUCCAGUGAUAAUUUUGACUGCAGUGACAUUAACUACUCUCUGGUUGAGGCCCGGUUCGACCGAACGUCUGAUUCUAUCUUGCCUCAACCUUCUAGGACAUUUACUCACCAUUCGCAAUAUUCACUUCAGUCUACCUGACACCGGUGCAAUUGUUCCAAACAUCUUGAUCUUCUACACAAAUUCCCUCAUUCUCUCGACAAUAGUCUUGGCCUUAACCUGCUGGCUUCAAAGUCUCCUCGAAGCGAAACGAGAAGUACCUAUUUGGCUGGCCAGACCGGUCGCAGCCAUCCUCGCGAGUACACCUGGACAAUUCUUCUCGAUGGGCCUUAUGGAACCCAGAGCUGCUGCUCUCCUUCGAGAUGACGAUGACAGCAGCAGUCUUGUAAAUUCCAACCCAAGGGAAACUAAUUGGAAUAGCGUUAUUACUGUCAUCGGUUGGAUUUCCUUCUCCUGUUUCGUUUUUGCUUAUGUCGUUAUGUGUGCUGUUCUACUGCGAUAAGUUUUGAGAGGGACUUCUUUCGAAAUCUAUUUAUUUCAUUAUAUUUGACGGUUUUGAUGAAGGGACCAUAAUAAAUCAACGGGGCGACUAUUUUAUUUUCUACAAAAGAGACUUUAUUUAAAAAAUGCACAGCUUCGUCUACUUUUACGUAUCUUUCUUCAUACUUUCGUCUUACUACAAUUUUCCAUGAAUCAUAAAAGUCAAUCGCACUGAGUAAAAACCAAUUUCCGAUGAAUUCACUUGAUUCAAGUGAUCUCCAACAAGAUAAAGAAUUAAAUCGAUUUCCGUGGAGGAGAUGCUGAUAAUCUAUCUGAAUAUUCUGCAGCUCCACCAAUCAACAAAAAUAAAUUCAUUAAACACAAAAUAAUGAUCUUUUUCCCAGCGCAUAAAUCACGUGUCAAAGAUCUACAUGUUUGAGAUUAAUUUGAGAUCGUGUAAUUUAGCACAAGAAUAUAAAUAUCAAAUAAUAUCAAUAACAAAAAGAAAAUAGUGUAUUGUUAGGAAAUAAAGAAUAAAGAGAUUAGGACCUGCCUGGUUUUAUCAUGCUUAACUCUUACAAAAAUUCCAUUGUCUUCUAUUAUCUUGCUUGUUGGAUCGAUCACUGUGACUCUUGAUUUUGAUACAAUAAGAAAUCUUUUAGGAGUUGGGGUAAUGGCAAAGAAUCGACUGCAUUUAAUUUCGUGUAUUGAAGAAUAACGUCACGACAGGCACUCUGGAGUGUCGAAACUGGAAAAAUUGAAAUCUUAAAUUAGAAGAAUUGAAUUGAUUCAACGAGAAACAGACAAUUUAAUUAACAAAUGAUCCCUUCAUUAUUUCUCAAUAACGAAGACGAUAGGCUUGGUUAAAAACAUAGCAUUAAUUUUUUAAUAAUUACCACCGUAGAGUUGAACAAUCCUGACUUGUUUGGUAGUCCCAUACACAUCGACAACGGCAUGUAGAGGUCCCUCUCUGUAUGGAAUGUCCUUACCGCAAACACCCUGGUCCACUCCAUUAAUAAUAAAAUGCAUUUCAGCGAGGUCAGUCCCGGCCUGAGGGACGUACAUCACUCCAAUUCUACUUCCAGUCUCAGUGGGUAGAAUGUCCUGGGAGGUAUCGUUCUGGGUUAGAUUGGGGGUCAGUGCAGCAUAGGGAAUCAAUCCCCUUGAUGUGUGUACUGUUAUCCCAUCGGUUUUCAAUUUUCUUCCUUGGAGGAGAAUACUUUCACCUUCAGGAAGAACAAAAAUAAUUAUUUCCAUGAUUCAACCCACCGUAGCCAAGACUUUUAAGAUUUAAAAUCUACAGAAAAUUCUCCUCUAAAGGUCCCUUACAAAAAUGUUCCCUAAAAAGCCUCAGAUUAUCAACAAAAAAUCGCUAUUACCAUAUCGUGUGAUUCCCUCGAUAUUGACAUUCGGACAGCUCGUGAUCGCAAAAAUCCAGCUCUGCCCCAUUUUAACCAUAUUCGGUAGUGCAUACUGUGGAAUGCCAUUUCUAUCAACAGUCUUCGGAUCAAUCUGCGUCAAUCCUAACCUCAUGUGUCCAUUCCAACCCCUCUCAUGCUUCUCAAUCUCCAGGAGAAAUAUCUCAUCGGGCUGGAGUGGUUUUUCACUGAAUGUGAGGGCAUCGGCAAAGCUAGCUUUGCGAUAUGCCACUGUGUCA